GGAUCUAACAUAUGAUUUUCUCACUCUGUUAAGAGCUGUCUCUUCAAUAUGAGGUUCCUACUAGUAAGUGCUGCAGUUUUGCUUUUACUUGCCACUCCGGCCAUAACAAUACCAAGUGAUCUUGGGGAAGACAAACCGAUGCACCCCGUUCACCAAAGGACAUUUAAGAGGGAGAUUAAGUCGCAGGGAAGGGGCAAUCCAUACCCUUAUGGGCUUCACAAUCCUUGGACUCCGGCCAUGCUCGCGGCCUUAGAAGAACAAAAUGGGACUCUGGCGGACAAGUUAAAGGCGGCGGAGGCCGAAAUAUCGAAGCUUCGGGAGUCGCAACGCGUAAAAGAUUCACCACCACUCUGCUCAGAACGUAUUCCACACAAGUAGCCACACUUGAAAAGCCAAUAAAAUUCGCAUAGUUAUGGAUA